AUGGAACCAACGAAAGCGGCAGGAUCACCCACCCCGGCUAGUGCAGGGCCGAGCCCGCCAACUAUUCCACUUAACCCCGGACCAAGAGGCGGUCAAAGCGAGCCGUCCCUAAUACUUCCAACGGUGGCUCUCCCCACGAGUACGCUCAAUAACUUUAUCCGACCUGGGGACGAGCCGGGCGAAAUUUUCGGCGACGAUGACUCUGCCUUGGGCUCUGACGUUGGCAGCUCUACGGGCUCUAUAACGUCGAGCAUCUUGCAUUAUCGCACUCUAAACGGCCGCACCUACCACAAUGACCGCAACAAUACGCAAUACUGGGGAGCGAACGAUGAUGCUCAGAACAACUCGGUGGACAUCAUGCACCAUGCAUUUACUCUUUUACUUGGCAACAAGCUUCAUUUGGCUCCGCUACCAGACAAGGUCGAAAAGGUGCUCGACCUAGGCACUGGCACUGGCAUCUGGGCAAUCGAUUUUGCGGACGAGCACCCAGAUGCUCAGGUGGUCGGUAUCGACCUAUCGCCCAUCCAACCUUCCUGGAUUCCUCCAAACGUAUCAUUUCAGAUUGAUGACUUUACAGAGCCUUGGUCUUUUGAAGAUAAUUCGUUUGAUUUUAUCUACCUGCGCUGGCUUUGUGGCGCCGUCAGAGACUGGGUUAAGCUAUUUUCUAAGGUUUACCGUGCCCUUAGACCGGGCGGCUGGAUCGAGUCCUUUGAUUUUGAUAGCAAGUACCUGUCCGACGACGACACGCUAAACGAUCAGACUGCCAUCUACCAAUGGGACCACAUCUUCAACGAAGGCGCCCGCAAAGCUGGCUUGAACGUUACUUGCUUAACGUAA